AUGAAGGUCAAUAUUUGGAGUGAUCCAUGGGUUGCCGAUGAAGAAGGGUGCUUCAUAACUAGUGCUAGAGUUCGUGGCUUUUCUCAGGUGUGCGACUUAAUUGAUAUGCAGCGAAUGGAGUGGAAGGAGGAGGUGUUAGCUUCUGUUUUUAAUGAGCGCGAUCAAAAUUGUAUUUUUUCUAUCCCGCUGAGUUCAAGAGUGCCUCAAGAUAUGCUCACUUGGGCGUUUUCGAAGGAUGGUUUAUAUUCAACAAAAACAGCCUAUAUGUUGGGGAAGGGCUAUAAUUUUGAUAAUUUUCACCAAGCGUGGGUGGAAAUCUGGAUUAUGGAAGCUUCCCCAAAAGGUGCGGAGCUGUGGGAGGAGAGUGGGUGUGAGGCCUCAUUGAGAGACAUAAGUGGCAGUUUCUAUGACCCGCUGGAGCGAUGGAAGAGCAAGGAUGCAAAGCUAGUCCAACGGGCAGUGUAUCUAGCGUGGAUUAUAUGGUCAGAAAGGAAUCGAAAGGUAUUUGACGUACUGAUCACUCCAAACAAAAUACUUGUUGAUAGAAUAAGAAGGCUGGUGGAUGAGUUUAGAGCUUAUAGCAAGAAGAUUUACGGGGUUACAGGCAAGAAAGAGAGCAGCAACCUGAAUAGAUGGAUAGCACCAAGAACAGGCUUUGUGAAGCUAAAUUCUGAUGCGAGCUUGGUGGAGGAGGGUUGGGUGGGUCUUGGGGUCGUGGCUCGAAAUAGCAAGGGUGAGGUGUUAUUAUAUGUUGUGCGAAGGGUGCGAGCGAGAUGGCCCCCUGAGAUUGCUGAGGCCAAGGCUUUAGCCAUGGUUGUCAAGCUUGCGAAAGCUUAUGGGUUUGCUGAUGUUGUGCUUGAGUCGGAUUGCCAAGUCCUCGUCAAUCGUUUAUCAAAGGCUGCAGUUUACUUCUCAGAUCUUGAUGGAGUGAUUGAAGAUAUUUUAAACUUGAGUGGUGCUUUUAAUUCCUUUUCUUGGUCUCAUGUAAAACGUGGUUGGAACAUUGUUGCCCAUCACUUAGCUAGACUUUUGCCUUUUGGGGUAGAACAAGUUUGGAUUAAUCAUUGUCCAAAUGAGGUUGCUCCCUAUGUACUCUCGGACAUGUUGUCCAUUGAUUAA